ACGCGAUCCUCUUCGUCUAAUUAGAAAAUAUUCAUUGGUUGCAUUCAGUUACUUCAUAGAGAUCAACAUGGUAAUAUAUUAUAACAUUUGGUAAACACUUGGUGGUGCGCGAAUCGUUUCCUGGUUGAAUACGGAAAUAAAUAUGGCCGUUUUGAAGGUGGUCUACUUGGCUAUCUGCUUUGCUGUAUUGUGUGGGACAAGUAAAGGUGGAACAACUUGUAAGAACGGAGGGGAUUGUACCGAAACACAAGUGUGUUGUAGUGGAACAUGUCUUUUGGUUUGUAAUGCUACCUAUUCGGACUAUUCCUAUUGUUCCUCCCUAUCUCCUUGCGAUGACACGGAUGAUCAAUGUUGCAAUGGGAAAUGUCGAAAGAGCUGUGUUGGUUAUACUUGUACGUUUAAUUCUGAUUGUGGUGAUACGGGACAUUGUUGCAGUGAAACUUGCCAAGAAGGACCUUGUCACCUGUCGACUGCGGUCAUCGCCGGUAUUGCUGUCGGUAGCUUUGCUGUACUUCUCAUGAUAAUUAUGAUAGCGUUUGGCUUUCGUCGAUAUCGUCGAAGACGUCUUGCCCUCGUGCUAGUUGCCGUCGAUAAUGGUCCGGAAUAUGGUAGUCUUAAUUGAGGCGAUAAAGCCUAAUACAUAAUAGAAGAGUGACUAAACAGCGAUAUGAUUAGAGAAACGAUUAACAAACUUAUACGCUUGACCAUUAUUUUUAUCUGCUUUUGUCGAAGUAAUUUUUUGCAAAUACAUAGCCACUUCUUUAUUGGAAAAGUAUUUUUUAGUAAAAUGAGAGAAUAAAUUAGG